AUGAGUGAUAAACUAUCGAAGUUGAAGAAACUACAAGCUGCCAGAAAUGGCGGUUCUGUCGAAGAUGAUCUAGAAGAUUCCUAUGAUGACCAUAAGUUAUAUGAUGAAGUUGAUGAGAAAGAAUAUAGAAACAGAAAGCGUAAAGAGUUGCUACAAGAUGAUUUUGUUGUUGACGAUGAUGGUGUAGGUUACGUUGAUCGUGGUAUUGAAGAACAGGAAGAAUAUUACAGUGACGACUAUAGUGACGACGAUCAGAAUAAGACAUCUUCGAAACUGAAGAAGAAGACGAAACAGCAGUCUAAGGUAAAGUCAACUCAUCAGAUUAGUAAUAUGUUACGAGCCCAUUCAUCUAAGACCGCAGAUCCAAAGAAGAAGAAAAUAGAAAUUGAUGAAUUUGAUGAUAUCUUGGGUGAAUUCGAUAGUGGAAUAUCAAAUAAAAUUCAACCUACUAUGAGUUCGUCGUCGAGACCUCCAUCCUCUCCUUCUAACCGUCCUGAGAAAAAGAGACCACUAGUCGUAGCAUCAGAUAUAGAAGUGAAUUUAAAGAAGCCUAGGGCUGCACCUCAAAGCAGCACUAACUUUUCUAAUAAUUUAAUGAAUUCCUCUCCGUUAAAGAAACAUAUUAAACUAGAUGAUGAUAUGGAUGAUUUAUUGGAAGACGUAGCAGUCUCACCGACAAUGAAAAAAGUUCCUACCGGUUUAACAGACAACUCUAAUGACACAUCUAUGACCAACGAUAUCGAGGAAGAUGGAAUGAGUAGUGACGAUGAUAUUGUAGUUAGAAGGAGAACUGUUAGGAGCGCAGCAGCUACCAAACAGAUCAAUUUGAAUUCAAAAAGUAAUCCAGGAUCAUCCCCAUUUGUCACUGCACCAGGUACACCUCUUGAUCUGAAGUCCACUAUUAGGAAGCCGGCAUCAUCAAUGAAUAGUGCACCAUUGCAAUUCUCAAAUAAGUAUACAAAAGCACAAGUUGUCAACCCGGAGACCGAUUCCUUCCAAAUGUAUUGGUUGGAUUAUGCAGAAAUUAAUAACACAUUGAUACUUUUUGGUAAAGUAAAAACAUUGGAUAAUAGUAUGGUAUCAGCUAUGGUUCAGAUUAACGGUUUAGAGAGGGAUUUAUAUUUUUUGCCUCGUGAAGGAAAGACACCAAGCGAUAUUCAUGAGGAGAUCGUCCCACUUUUGAUGGAGAAAUAUGGAUUGACUAAUAUUCGUGCCAAACCUCAAAAAAUGAAAUAUGCAUUUGAAUUGCCAGGUAUUCCUCAUGAAGCUGACUACCUAAAGGUGUUAUUACCGUUCAAUACCCCAAAAGCAUCUUACGAUUUGAUUCCCCCUGAUUUAUCAAGUGAAACUUUCCAUCAUGUUUUUGGUGGUAACACAAACAUCCUAGAACAAUUUUUAAUUCAAAAUAAGAUCAUGGGGCCAUGUUGGCUAGAAAUUACGCAUGGGGACUUUAAUGCAUUGCAAAAUGCAUCUCAUUGCUCGUUAGAAGUUGCGGUAUCUAAACCAGCUAAUAUCAAAGUAUUGAAUGAUAUUAAAACAACAGCUGGACUAAAUUGUACCUCACUUGCAAUCCAGACGAUGAUGAAUUCCAAGGAAAAUAAACAGGAAAUUGUUUCUAUUUCUAUAUCAACAUACAAUAAUGUAACUCUAGAUAUCCCAAUCCCAGAGGAUUUGAAACCGGAUGCAGUUGUUACAUUAGUGAGGCCACCUCAAGGCUCAGAUUUUGCGGUUGGUCUAGCUACCCUUGUGAAACAGAAGCUUCCGGGAAAUGUUCGUUUAUUUAAUAAUGAAAAAGCUUUGUUAGCUUGCUUCUGUGCGAUGAUGAAAACAUCUGAUCCAGAUGUCUUAAUUGGUCAUAGACUUGACAGUAUUUAUUUAGAUGUCCUAGUACACAGAUUGUAUGAUCUGUCUGUUCCGACUUUCAGUUCAUUAGGUCGUCGUGCUAGAAAAGAAUGGCCUGAUAAAUUUGGUAGAGGUCACAACAAUAUGAAUCAUUUUUUCAUUCGUGACAUUGUUGCUGGUAGGUUAAUUUGUGAUAUUGGUAAUGAAAUGGGUCAAUCUUUGACACCAAAAUGUCAGAGUUGGGAUUUGUCUGAAAUGUUCCAGGUCACUUGUCAACAAGAACAUAAAGCGCUUGAUAUUAAUUAUCAAAAUGCUCAAUAUCAGAACGACCCUAAUAUUAUGACAAUGGCUUUGCAAGAAAAUAUUACAAAUUCCAUGAUUACUGCUACAAUUUCUUUUAGAAUACAAAUGUUAUCUUUAACCAAGCAACUUACAAAUUUGGCUGGUAAUGCAUGGUCUCAAACAUUGGGAGGUACAAGAGCAGGUAGAAACGAAUAUAUUUUGCUUCAUGAAUUUGCAAGAAAUGGUUAUAUCGUUCCGGACAAAGAAACGAGAAAGAUGAAGGCUCAUAGACUUGCUAAUACUGAAGAUGGUGAAAAUGAAAAUAAUGAUACACCAACAUCUUCUAAGAAAGCGAAAUAUCAAGGUGGUUUGGUGUUUGAACCAGAAAAGGGACUACAUAAAAACUACAUUCUAGUCAUGGAUUUCAACUCUCUUUACCCAUCUAUUAUUCAAGAGUUUAAUAUUUGUUUCACUACCGUCAAGAGAAACGUGAACGAUAUUGAGGAAUUACCAGAGGUUCCUCCUAGCGAUAUAGGACAAGGUGUUUUGCCACGAUUACUUGCCACUUUAGUGGAUCGUCGUCGUGAAGUCAAGAAGAUCAUGAAAACUGAAACAGAUCCUCAUAAACGUGUCCAAUGUGACAUUAGACAGCAAGCAUUGAAGUUGACAGCCAAUUCGAUGUACGGUUGUCUGGGUUAUGUCCACAGUAGAUUUUAUGCAAAACCACUAGCAAUGCUGGUCACAAACAAAGGUAGAGAAAUUUUGAUGAACACCAGACAAUUAGCAGAGAGUAUGGGUCUUACUGUUGUGUACGGUGAUACAGAUUCUGUCAUGAUUGAUACCGGGUGUGAAAAUUAUGAAGACGCAAUUAAGAUUGGGGUAGAAUUUAAAAAACUUGUUAAUGAACGUUAUAGGUUGCUAGAGAUUGAUAUUGAUAAUGUUUUUAGAAAGCUGUUACUACAUGCAAAGAAGAAGUAUGCUGCUCUUAAUGUCACCAUUGGUAAAGAUGGUAAGGAACAAACAGUUUUAGAAGUGAAAGGUCUGGAUAUGAAACGUCGUGAGUAUUGUCCACUGUCCAAGGAUGUGUCGACACAUGUAUUAAACACCUUACUUUCAGAUAAUGAUCCAGAAUCAUCUUUACAAGAGAUAUAUGGGUACCUGGAGAAUAUUAGAAGUAAGGUUGAGUCGAACGAAAUUAGAAUUGAUAAAUACAAGAUAAAUACACGAUUAUCUAAGGAUCCAAAGGCAUAUCCUAAUGGUAAAACUAUGCCAGCUGUUCAAGUUGCUAUGAGAAUGAGAAAAGCUGGGAGAGUAGUAAAAGCCGGUACCGUUAUCACUUUUGUUAUUACUAAAGGUAAAGGAUCCGAAGAGGAUAGCACAGAUAAGGAUGUGACUGAUAGUGCACAUUUUGCAUCAAGAGCUUAUGCACUAAACGAUGUUAUGGUUAAAAGCAACAAUCUUGUUCCAGAUCCAAAUUACUAUCUGGAAAAACAAAUAUUUGCUCCUGUGGAAAGAUUGUUGGAAAGAAUUGAAAGUUUCGAUGUUGUUCGUUUGAGUGAAGCCUUGGGACUAGAUAGCAGGAAAUUCGCUAGACGUUUUGCAGAUGAUAAAAAUAGCAGUGGUAUUCAUAAUUUGGAACCCUUGGAGACCACUAUAUCUGAUAUGGAAAGAUUCAAGGAUUCUGCUAAAUUCGAAUUAAAUUGUCCAAAUUGUUCACAUUUGUUCCCAUUUGGUGGUAUUAUUGCUUCGAACUUUUAUAAGAUGUGUUAUAAUGGUGUCCAAUGUAAGAACUGUGAUCAUGUAUUUAAUAUGAUUCAGUUUACGAGUCAAUUAGAAUCUGUUAUCAGAUCCCAUAUUUCGUUGUAUUAUGCCGGUUGGUUGUAUUGUGAUGAUUCGACAUGCAGGAACGUUACUAGACAAAUAUCUGUCUUCGGAAAACGUUGUUUAAAUGACGGUUGUACUGGUGUCAUGCAAUUCAAGUAUACCGAUAAACAAUUAUACAACCAAUUAUUAUAUUUCAAUUCCUUAUUUGAUAUGGAAAAAAAUAAGAAGCAACUAUUGAAACCACUAUAUUAUGAAGGUGACAUCGAUUAUCCAUCCGAACAGUUAGCUGAGUCCGCAAUCUUAGCAUUGACUGAACAAAAUAGAAAGCUAUUCGAAAUUAGUCAGGGUGUUAUAGAUAAAUAUCUAGACAAUUGCGGCCGUCGUUACGUAGACAUGGGUGCGAUUUUUGAUUUCAUGAUGAACUAA